GGGGGCGGGGCGCGGCGUCCAGGCGGCGGCUGCGGCGGCGGUGGCGGCGGCGGCUCCUCAGUGUCCGGCUCCGGCUCCGGCUGCGGCUCCGGCCCGCGAUGCCCCACUCCGUGACCCUGCGCGGCCCUUCACCCUGGGGAUUCCGCCUAGUAGGCGGCCGGGACUUCAGCGCACCCCUCACCAUCUCGCGGGUCCAUGCUGGAAGCAAGGCUGCGUUGGCCGCCCUGUGCCCUGGAGACCUGAUCCAGGCCAUCAAUGGUGAGAGCACAGAGCUCAUGACACACCUGGAGGCGCAGAACCGCAUCAAGGGCUGCCAUGACCAUCUCACGCUCUCCGUGAGCAGGCCUGAAGGCAGGAGCUGGCCCAGUACCCCAGAGGACAAGGCUCAGGCACAGAGGAUCCACAUUGACCCUGAGGCCCAGGAUGGCAGUCCGGCGACCAGCAGGCGGCCCUCAGCCACUGGGAUUGGGCUAGAAGAUGGCAGGCCAGGCCUGGGACCUCCUUAUGGGCAGCCAUCUCACCUCCCAUUGCAUCACAAUGGCAGCAACAGUGAGGCUACCUUAAUGACUCAAAUGAGCACCCUGCAUGUGUCUCCACUUCACAGCACUGACCCAGCCAGAGGCCUCCCGCGGAGCCGAGACUGCGGAGUGGACCUGGGCUCCGAGGUGUACAGGAUGCUUCGGGAGCCGGCUGAGCCCUUGACUGCAGAGCCCAAGCAGUCAGGCUCCUUCCGCUACUUGCAGGGCAUGCUAGAGGCUGGGGAGGGCGGGGAGCGGCCCGGGCCUGGCGGCCCCCGCAACCUCAAGCCCACCGCCAGCAAGCUGGGCACUCCGCUGAGUGGCCUGCAAGGACUGCCCGAAUGCACACGCUGUGGCCAUGGCAUCGUGGGCACCAUCGUCAAGGCUCGGGACAAGCUUUACCACCCGGAGUGCUUCAUGUGCAGCGACUGCGGCCUGAACCUUAAGCAGCGCGGUUACUUCUUUCUGGACGAGCGGCUCUACUGUGAGAGCCACGCCAAGGCUCGCGUCAAGCCGCCGGAGGGCUACGAUGUGGUGGCGGUAUACCCCAAUGCCAAGGUGGAACUCGUCUGAGCUGCUCCCGGAACUUCCAGUCUCUGCUUCUGCUUUUAAUGCCCCCACUCGGCCCGUGUAAAUAUGUUUGCCCCCUGCCUCUCUAAUAAACUCCCUCAGCUCGGCCUUGAA